AUGCUGUGUUGGGGAAAUGCAAGAGAUGGACAGUUGGGAAAUGGUGUGGAGAAGAAUCCAGUCUAUGAGCCAAAGAGCUGCUCAGUGUUUUGUGGCAGGGGCCUGAAGGAGAUUGCCUGUGCAGGGGAGCACACUGUGUUCCUGCUUCAGGAUGGCAGCGUCUACACAUGUGGCUCCAACAGCUGUGGACAGUUGGGCCACGACAAACCAGGGAUGCCACCAGAACUAGUGGGUGCUUUGGAUACUCAGAAAAUAAUAAGGGUAUGUUGUGGCCGGGCCCACUCCCUGGCGGUCAGUGAGCGAGGUCAGGUGUUUUCUUGGGGAGCUGGAGAAGGAGGGCAGCUUGGUCUUGGUACCACAGACACUGCUGUACCAAUACCCAGAUUGGUGAAGCGGCUCUGUGAUCAUCGCAUAUCUCAAGUAAUGUGUGGGAACCAGCAUUGCAUUGCACUUUCUAGAGAUGGUCAACUCUUCACUUGGGGUCAGAACACAAGUGGUCAGCUGGGUUUGGGAAAAGGAGAGCCCAUGUUUGGUUGGGGCAAGAACAGGGCUGGACAGCUGGGACUGAAUGAUAAACAAGAUCGUGCAGUGCCCUGUCACAUAAAGUUCUUGCGUUCUCAGAAAGUGGUUUACAUCAGCUGCGGAGAGGAACACACUGCUGCUCUCACAAAGGAUGGUGGGUUGUUCACGUUUGGAGAUGGCGCUCUUGGUCAGCUGGGUCACGGCUCCACCAACAACGAGCUCUUACCCAGACGAGUCCUGGAGCUCAUGGGCACAGAGGUGUCCCAGAUCGCCUGUGGCCGACACCACACGUUGGCAUUUGUGCCUUCUUCGGGGUUAGUGUAUGCUUUUGGCGGUAACAACUUUGGCCAACUGGGCACAGGGAUAUGGGGCAACUCUAAAAGUCCAUGUCCUGUCAGGAUUCCGGUCAAUGGAUGUUUUCAAAAAGGAGGAUCAAAACAAUGCUCUGUAACAAAAAUUGUCUGUGGAGGUGACCAUAGUUUUUUGUUGUUCUCAUAUGACCAGAGUGUAGCGGUCCCAGAAGACUUCCGAGUCAGCAGUAUCAAUAAGAGUCUUUCUCCAAUCAACUAUGAGCGCUUAAACCAAUGGAGGCUAAAGCUUCUGUACAACACAGAGCCCAAUGUUACAGAUGAUAUUAUCAAUCAGCUUUCCUCCACAGCUUGUUGGAAUGGCAGCUUCUUGGACCAAAGUGAUGAUGCACAUUUCAAAACCAAUCCCAAGAUCCCAGGCAUCGACAUCCACUCUGUGCAGUCCUUCUUUGAGGCUCUCAGUCAGCCGGCAUUCUCUGCACUUCUAGAGCAGGCCAGCCAAAGUUUUGAAAGCUUAUUGAUCCCCCAGCUGCCCAGCUCCCCUCCCGACGUCGAAGCAAUGAGGAUUUAUCUAAUUUUGUCAGAGUGUCCGUUGAUGCACGACUCCAAGAAUUUCACCCGACUCACCAUUCCUUUUGCCAUCGCUAUACUGCGUCUGGACACCAACCCCAGCAAAGUAUUAGAUAACUGGUGGUGUUUUGUGGAGGGCAGUGUCUUCAGGAAAAUGGUGGACGUUUAUAAGCGAAUUGUGGUGUUCAUGCUCACACUCGGAAAGUCUGUGGUUGUGCCUGUGUCUUAUGAGAACUAUUUUCUGGCUACAUUGAGACUGCUGGAAAAACUUCACAAGGUAAACUUAAAGGCCAAGCACGUAGACUACAAUAGUUUUUAUAUACCUGACAUUACCAACCUGGUGGACAUCCAGGAAGACUACCUCAAGUGGUUUUUAAGUCGAGCCGACAUUAAAACUGAGUCGUCUCCAUCUAAGAAUGACUUUCCCUUAGUGAACCUAUGUGCCUACCCAUUUAUACUGAAUGCUCAAGCCAAGACAACCAUGCUGCAGACUGACGCCGAGCUACAAAUGCAGAUGGCAGUCAGUGGUGCAAAUCUUCAUAAUGUCUUUAUGCUGCUCACACUGGAACCAAACUUGGCUCGGAACCCGUACUUGGUGCUACAUGUCCGCAGGGACCACUUAGUGAGUGACACACUGCGAGAAGUCUCCAUGUACUCAGAUGUGGACCUCAAGAAACCUCUCAAGGUGAUCUUUGACGGAGAGGAGGCUGUGGACGCUGGAGGAGUCACUAAAGAGUUCUUCUUGCUGCUGCUGAAAGAGCUAAUGGAUCCUGUCUACGGGAUGUUCACACAUUACCGAGACUCCAAUCUGCUCUGGUUUUCAGACAAAUGUUUCGUAGAGUCAAACUGGUUCCACCUGAUCGGGAUCAUCUGUGGCCUGGCCAUCUACAACUCCACUGUUGUAGACCUGCACUUUCCUCUGGCACUGUACAAGAAGCUGCUCAAAGUCUCUCCCACACUGGAGGAUUUCAGGGAGCUGUCACCCACUGAAGCUAGGAGUCUUCAACAACUUUUGGAUUACGAAGGCAACGACAUAGAGGACGUAUUUUUACUUAACUUUUCUAUCACACGGGAAAACUACGGAAUGACAGAGGUGAAGGAGCUGGUUCCAGGGGGAGAAAACAUCAACGUGGACAAAAACAACAGGAAGGAGUUUGUGGAUGCGUAUUUGCGCUACGUGUUCUGCAACGCGGUCAGCGAGCAGUACGAGGCCUUCUCGAGCGGCUUCCUCAAAGUGUGUGGAGGAGACAUCCUGUGGCUCUUCCAACCCUCUGAGCUCAUGGCCAUGGUAGUGGGCAACAGCGACUACAACUGGGACGAGAUGGAGAAGAAUGCAGAGUACAAAGGGGAAUAUUCAGCCACACACCCGACUGUGCAGCUCUUCUGGGAAGUCUUCCAUGAGUUCCCUCUGGAGAAAAAGAAGCAGUUCUUAUUAUUUUUGACCGGCAGCGACCGCAUCCCCAUCCACGGCAUGGAGAGCUUGAAGAUCGUCAUCCAGUCGACCACCGCAGAGGAGCACUAUCUGCCUGUGGCCCACACCUGCUACAACCUGCUGGACAUGCCCCGCUACCAGAGCAAAGAGACCCUGAAACAGCGCCUCACGCAGGCCGUGGAGCAGUACGAGGGCUUCAGUCUGGUCUGA